AUGGCCACUACCGCGCAGUACCUGCCGCGGGGCCCCGGCGGCGGAGCCGGGGGCACUGGGCCGCUCAUGCACCCGGACGCCGCGGCGGCAGCAGCGGCGGCAGCGGCCGCCGAGCGGCUGCACGCGGGCGCCGCGUACCGCGAAGUGCAGAAGCUGAUGCACCACGAGUGGCUGGGCGCGGGCGCGGGCCACCCCGUGGGCCUAGCGCACCCCCAAUGGCUACCCACGGGAGGAGGCGGCGGUGGCGACUGGGCCGGCGGCCCACACUUGGAACACGGCAAGGCGGGCGGUGGCAGCACUGGCCGAGACGACGGCGGUGGCAGCGGCGGCUUCCACGCUCGCCUGGUGCACCAAGGGGCCGCCCAUGCGGGCGCGGCGUGGGCACAGGGCGGCACGGCGCACCACUUGGGCCCAGCCAUGUCGCCGUCGCCAGGGGCUGGCGGGGGUCAUCAGCCCCAGCCGCUCGGGCUGUAUGCGCAGGCGGCCUACCCUGGGGGCGGCGGCGGCGGCCUGGCGGGGAUGCUGGCGGCGGGCGGCGGCGGUGCGGGACCGGGCAUGCACCACGCGCUGCACGAGGACGGCCACGAGGCGCAGCUGGAGCCGUCGCCGCCGCCGCACCUGGGCGCCCACGGACACGCACACGGACACGCACACGCGGGCGGCCUGCACGCGGCGGCGGCGCACCUGCACCCGGGCGCAGGCGGCGGCGGUUCGUCGGUGGGCGAGCACUCGGACGAGGACGCACCCAGCUCGGACGACCUGGAGCAGUUCGCCAAGCAAUUCAAGCAGAGGCGCAUCAAGCUGGGCUUCACGCAAGCCGACGUGGGGCUGGCGCUGGGCACACUGUACGGUAACGUGUUCUCGCAGACCACGAUAUGCCGCUUCGAGGCCCUCCAGCUGAGCUUCAAGAACAUGUGCAAGCUCAAGCCGUUGCUCAACAAGUGGCUGGAGGAGACCGACUCGUCCAGCGGCAGCCCCACCAACCUGGACAAGAUCGCGGCGCAGGGCCGCAAGCGCAAGAAGCGCACGUCCAUCGAGGUGGGGGUCAAAGGCGCGCUCGAGAGCCACUUUCUCAAGUGCCCCAAGCCCUCGGCGCACGAGAUCACGGGCCUGGCUGACAGCCUGCAGCUGGAGAAGGAGGUGGUGCGCGUCUGGUUCUGCAACCGGCGGCAGAAGGAGAAGCGCAUGACCCCGGCGGCCGGCACCGGCCACCCUCCCAUGGACGACGUUUAUGCGCCCGGCGAGCUAGGGCCGGGUGGGGGUGGCGCAUCGCCGCCCUCGGCACCCCCGCCGCCCCCGCCUGCCGCCCUGCACCACCACCAUCACCACACACUGCCCGGCUCGGUGCAGUGACCCCGCGGGCCGGGCCCCCGCCGGUGCGCAGCGAGGCGCGGGCACGCAGCCCGCUCGCGCGGCCUGGACUCUUUUUGUUCGGUUGCUUUGGAUUUUACAAAAAGCCCAGAAACUUUCGAACAAAACCAAACACCCGGACGACCCUCUCCGGCGAUCGGCGAAGACAGCUUCGCCGAUAAGCUGCGGCGCCCGAGACUCGGGGAGAGGAGCGAAGAUCCGGAACGCGCCAACUCACCCCGGGCACUCUGCCCGACGCCUGCUCCCUAUCCCCAUCCCCUCGACGAUCCCCGCCCCUGCCCCCCGGGCUGUUCGGGGCCGGAUCCCGGCAGCGACCUCCCCACAGCGACAGGUAACGCGGUGCGGGGUCAGGGAUUCCUCGGGAGAGAGGACGAAGUGAGGAGAGUUCCCCAUCCCCUCUACCCGGCGCGGACUCCCGGGCUUGCGGGUAAAGGGCGGGGGGCUGUCACUUUAUUCGCUCCACGCCUUUUCUCUCCCCUAAGGAUGCACCCCACCCCUUUCACCUUAGUCCGGGUUUGGUUUUUUAAGGUUUUUAUUUAUUCGCGGAGCCUCUUGGUUCCUGGGGUCCUUCUAACUCCGCCCGCGCCCUUAAUUUAAAUCGCUGUAUACUGUAUUUAUCCGGGCCCUGGAGGGGAGGCCGCGAGAGCCGCGUCUGUGUAUAAAGCAGGAAAUAGCCAAAGCUUUAAUCUAGCCUAAUUUAUUUUUCCCGGUACCUUCCCCUACCCUCCCUCAAAAAAGCAAAACAAAAACAUUGGAGUGUUCGUUUUUUCGUUUCGUUUUAUCCGAGCCCCGGCUCGGUUCCCGGCCACGCCGGAGGGGUCUGCGAUCCCACACACACCCGGAUGGGAACGGGCUUUUGCCCCGCUGCAGACUGACCACCGCACAGCAGGGCUCCCACUCCCCGCGGGGCCCUGCCCUGCUGGCCACUAGCAAAAGAAACUUGGAAAAGUUGGAGAGAUGUUUUAACCAGCUGUAGAAAUCAGCCGUUCCCUGAGAACCUUCUGCCUGAUUCCCUGCAACUUCACUCGGCUCCCUUUCCGGGCCGCUGACCCCCUGAGAUGUGGGAUGCUGAGGGAGGUGAAGAGAGAAAUUACCCAAGUUUGGGGUGAGGUGGGAACCAUGUAAAUAUGUGAGAUAUGUACACACUGGCGGGGAGAAGAAACAUUUUGUGCUUGGUUUUUAUUUUUGGCUUUCUGGGUUGCCCCUUCACACCCCAUCCUAAAGGAUUUUGUACACAACUAAUCUGAAAAAGGCAUUUUAAUAUGAUUUCCGGAUUUCUGACCCAUCUCUAUUUAUUUUCUGAAUGUGUUUGGAGCUUCCCCUAUUCUCCAUGUCUUGUUCUGUUUGUUACAGUUUGAAUUUAAAUUUUGUUAUUUUAUUUUUAUUAUUUUUUUGGAACAAUGUUUUGGUGCAUUCUCUUUGUAUCUUUAUUGCAAAAAAUGUAGACUGGGAAGUUCCCUUUAUAUUUAUGUUAUAGUAAAUAUUUUAUUACUCACAUAAACAUGUACCCCAGGGCUGUGUCCUGUCCUCUUUACUGCCAGGGCUGGGUUGAUUGUGGGGUGAAGUGAUGGGAUUUCCUGGUUCACCUGUCCUAAAUUUCUGACCCUAGUUGGGGAGAUGUUGGAGGAAGGUGACCACACAGACCUUUCCAGGUCAGUAUUAGGACCAGACCGCCUGUUACUUAGGGUACAGUUGGGCCCCUGCCCCAGGUGAGUGUGUUUAGGGAAGGUGAAGCUGCUUCGUGCCCUCAUCCUAUAAACCGACUCUCCCAAGACCAGACCAGGGCCUGGGACAGUGAACGACAGACACCACACCAAGCUGGGGUCAGCCAUUCCUCAGGCACAAUUCAACUGCCCUUUUUGGCCAAGGAGAAGCCUGCCGGGGCUGGACUACCAGCCUGGCAUCUCUGUGCCCCCUGCCAGACACCCAACCCAUGAUGUUAGUUUCGCUUUGCAAUUCCAUGUGUAGGGCCGAGCCAACUGCACUGUUCUGAGUCCUGGGGAAGCUGGAACCCUUUUCAGGCCUGCCAGCCUGCCGCAGCUGCCUCUGUACCCACAGACAAAUGAUACCCAAGCCCACCAGAAUCCAUGCAGAGUUUUAAGGACUUAGAUAGAGAUCCGGCCAGUGGUUUCAUGGAGCUAAGUCAGCCUGGGGAGGGAGCCCUGCCUACUCGCUUGGGCAAAGCCAGUCCUACUUCUCUUUCAACAAGCCACCUGCCCCAACUUCUCUUGGAGAGAAGUGGGGUACAAACAACUGUGCCACAAGAAAUACAUGGCAUCUCUCCAGGGGUGGGCACCCAAGAACCCCACGGAGAGUGAUGUAUCUGCCUGUUGGAGGACUGGCCUCCGGGAAGCGGUAGAUACAGUCCCUUCUCAAGCCUUCAGCAACAGUAUCCCCGAGGGUCAGGAUGGGUGGAGGCAGAUCCGAUUCCAGGUCCAAAGCCCAAGACUACCAGUAUCCCAGUCAAGAUCUUGAGAUUUUUUGGGGGGAGGGGGUUUAAAUUAAAGCAAGUCUUUAAUAUACAAAUAAAACAGCUCUUUCUAUUGACCCCAUAAAAUGCAGUUCUUUUCCCUUCUCAGGGGACCGCAUGAGGUUUCUCUUACUCUUCGUGGAGCCAAGGUGCAAGGGCACAGUUGCUUAGCAGGGGAGAAGGUUACAGCCCUCGUAAGGGGGUAUGUUGGCUCCUACCAGGGACACUGCCCAAGCCCAGGCCAGGGAGAGGCCUUGGCUCAAACAAUGGCAUUGGGGUGCCCAGAGAGGUGUUCUUCUGCCACCGAGGUGGUGGUCCCCGGCUGGGUGCUGGGCUCAGGAUGACUGUGCCAUGCUGUGAGUUCCUCAUGACUUUCUGGCCUCUGCUCCUCAGUCUUGGGGGGAAUUGUCUGCAAGUGCAAAGGCCGCUGCUGUCUUCAAAGGCUCAGCCGCUCACUACUUUGGUUUUUUUCAUUUCCCUCCUUCAGUCCAGCCUAGUGAGCGAUUAGCCCUGUAAUUGGCACCAGCAUCCCUGCUGUUCCCCAUGCUGGUAGGCCAGUGAGCCUCCCACUGGUGCUUCUUAAAGAAGAAACUGGGAACUGGCCGGCAUGUUGGCCACGUGGCCAGGAGCUGCUGUCACCCUACCUUGACCUCUCAUUUCCCCUUCCCCUAAGUACGCAACUUCGAAGCAGUCGCACAUUCCCCUCACUCCCUCCUAAUUUCUCCAUUCCUGGAUUUGUCUCAGCCUCAGGGCCCUGAAAUGGAAGCAAAUGAAGCUCAGAGCUCCCCCACUGCCUGCGCCCCACUCUGAGCCUCAGCAGGUUUUGAGGUUGGUAAGGGCGACUGGAAGGACGGGGCCUUUCACUAGCUCAGCCUGCAGCUGACACGAAUUGAUUGAUUGAUUUCCUAAUUGUCUGCUUAAUCCUGCACAAGAGGGUAGGUUUAUUAUUUAAGCAAGUCAACUCAAAAACAACAAAACAAAGCGGCCUCCCAAGAACCAGCAGCAGCUGAGGAGUAGAACAAAAAACAAAAAGUGGUAAAAAGGGUAGAAGACAAUCUUGCACUUUGUGAGGAUUUUGCUUAGUGAGACAACAGCCUGGAACUGCUACCUUCAGUGACCAAUCCCUUGGUCACAUGAAGCAUGGGGCUGCUUCCCCCCUUCUCCAGCCUAGGGAUGAACAGGAAGAACCUCAGCAAGUUUGACUUUGUAAGAUGAAAACCAUAGGGAGAGAAAUAUUUUGUCCCAUCAAAUCUCACUCCCUGGAUAGACUAGAGAGUGGAGAAGGAGUUAGCUCGGCUCCACUUUGGUUUCUACACCUCAUGUGUAUGUGUAUGUACCUGCUUGCUCAUGAGAACCUCAGACUUUCUUUCGUUCAAGAGAGGCAGCUGUCCCUCGCAUUGACUUCAGAGGAAGCCAAAGCUGUCGCUAGCAGGUUUGGAAUUUUCUGAUCCCACCUCCCUUCCAUUCUCAUUUAAACAAAAUUAUUUUCUAUGGUCAAUUUAGCCACAUAUUCUGGUAGUCAGAGCUUUACCCUCCCCAUGUGAACCUCUGCAUGUUGGUGUACAAAUACGUGUGUGUACCACUGUGUGUGCAAAUCCAUAGCUGCUUGCAGAGUAGGCUGGGGAGGGAAUCCAUGCUACACUGUUAAUGCUUUGAGCUAGGAGAGCAUUUGCAGGGUGGAGGUUGACUAAUGUGGGAAGGAAGGUGGCUAUUGUGGUCGCCCGUGGUCAUCAAGGCAAACCCAGAAGGUGUCUUGCCCUGAGUAAGGAGCCUGACUGUGCCAGACACAGCCUCUACUAGAGCCCCAAAGACACCUAUAUUCUCCCACACCUCCUAUCCCAGGAAGAUGCACUAGCUUAUGUUCUGGGUGGCUUAGGUCCUGCACAAGCCUAGUCACCCCAUGACCCCAGGCCUCGAUUAGGUGUCCACAGGACUAGCCAAGCCCCAACCACAGCUGCCCACCUUGAGCUGUUUGGAACUCAGCUUCUUCUGGAGAGGCUCUGGGCCCGCAUGUGGGAAGGGCAAGCUCCCAAUAGCACAUCCAGAUCCACUCUGCCUUCCUCCUUGGGGCCCUCACCUGAACAGGGAGAGGAAAGAAAGGAAGUUCGGCAUCUGGCACAGCUGCUUCUCCUAAGCUUAGCAAAAACAAUCAUCAAUCCAGAGCACCAGUUUAGCGACUGAGGCCAGAGGCAGCUGGAACCAUCGGUUUGGUCCCUGCCUGGCUUAUUUGAAGACCCUGGAGGAAGUGUUUGACCAACCAUUCAGAGUUCCUAUUGCCACCUCCAAGGCCUCCAUGUGGGAGGACUGCCCUCUAUUGGUCCCUGAGCUGGGACAUGGCAGCAGACUCCAGGGCCAUCUCGGUACUGAGCGUUCCCCACCAGACAAAUCAGCUUCAAGGUGGCUAGUCCGCUGAAGAAGUCCAGCUAGAGCUGAGACAACUUUAGCCUCCAAAGGAAGCAACGCUGUUCCACGCACACACACACACGCACACGUGCACACAUACACACACAUGCUUGCCCAUGACCCUUCCCUCUCAAAUCUACCACCACACCCAUUUGCACAGCCACUCUCGGAAAUUCACCACCAUUUGUUCACCACCUCCUCUGUCUCUCUCCCCCUCACACUCAUCAUCAUCACUCCUCUUCUCAAGCCUGCUAAAACUCUUGCCAACUCACUCAUUCACACACACACACACACACACAGACUCACAUGCUUACACACCCAUGGCCACACCAACGUUCUGGCUGUCCAGUUCCAGCUUUCUGGUCUUUUGGCACUGAGCUCCCCGGAGUCACCAGGUACCUGGCACCUGGCUAAGCACACACACUCAUCCUUUGUAGCAUUGAUGAGGUCCCUUUCUCUUAGGAUUUCCAAGUGCUUACCCCCACAAACCGCUUUCCAAACACAUCCCUGCCCGUCAUUGUCCCAGCUCCACCCAGAUCUCUUCCUGCUCCGUUCAGAUAAUUAAAGUU